GGUCAGUUAACAAGCAAAGGCCAGAAGAAACAACAUCCUCAUGAUAGAAGACAGAAAAACAUUUAUUCCAGAAGAUGGAAAAAGAUAACACAUAUAUUGUUACCGAUGAAAAACUGGGAUUUAAUAUGGCUUCAAACACUAAGAGGACAUACAUUGGGGUGAUAGUGACACUAGUGGCUAUUGUACUGGGACUCACAGCAGGUUGUGUAUACCUGGGACUUCAACAUCAGAUAUAUCAACAUCAUAUUUCAAAGGGCAUACAAAGCUAUAAAGUGAAUGUUCACAAUCCUGAUGGGACAACAGUUCGAGAAGUCAUUGACGAAGACAGAGAGAAUGGUUUUGAAAUUCACCAUGUGUCCAACCAGGCUAUUCUUACUCAUCACAAAUUGGGUAUCAAUGUGAUGAGACUAACAGUGGAGAAGAUGUGCUUCAUUAGAGAGUUGAUUGAUGAAAAAAAUAAGAAAAGGAGAGACAGAGAAGACAAAGACAAUGAAGGGGUCAUUGAUGUGACUGUAGAUGAAGUAAGAGAAUAUAACUAUGUAAAAUCAGAUCGACCAGUGAACAUGGCUGCCCUGGGUGAUGCGAUAGGAGAGUUCUGCAAGGGCACUGAGAUAUCUUGGGUUGAGAGAACCAAUGAAGGUGACGAACAAGCACAAGAGAUUCCUCCAGGUAUUGCUCAUGAAUUUCUGUCAGAAAGAUGAAGAGACAAAAUUUCAUUCAGAUGAUGGCAAAAGAGAAACUGCCUUAUCAGCAUAAUAUUAAUUUUUCUUACAAAAAGGAAAUGAGGUCUAGCUCAUUCUCGAGAAAAGCGGCAGAGAUCACCAAGCUAUACAAAGACUUGCUGGAUGGAAGAUGAAGAGUACUGUGCAAGAAAAGGAUGGCUUUUCAGAGCAGGGAAGUGUCUUGACUGGUCAAGUCAUUGGGUUGAAAAAUGUGAAACGGUUUAUUCGUAACAAUACCAAAAUGAUAGAGUGCAUUAAAAACCAAUAAGCUUUAAUCAUGAAGUGCUGUAAAUACAUUUUGAACCAUAUAGUAAAAGUGCUAUUUAAAUCUAAUAUAAUGAUAAUACUUGUUAUCAAUUGACUCUAAUGAGAGCAGGUAUCAACUUCUUUAUUAAACGACUGAUGUAUGUGAUGAUACAGUAUUCAUAUACUGCAUGAUGGUUAUGUUAAGGCAUUGGAUAUGGAGUAUAUCCUGAGGGAAAUAUAGAUAUUCUACCAAGAAGACUAAGCAAUGCAUGAUCAAAAAUAUUCUGAAAAAA